AUGUCUCGGCCGGCUCCACGACUGCCGAAAGCCGCUGGCGACAUCAAGCAAUCUCAAAAUCGGCUGUGCUUCGAUCUUGUUCAACCUUACUUCUCUUCGGCCGGAGUCGGGAAAGCCAACGGUUAUUCCAUAGAAGGCCAUGGAAUAUUCUCCAUCGGUGUUACCUAUAAGCGGCUACAAGCCUGGGUCUUGGUGGUUGGGCCGCGCUUAGGGUUUGUCGCUGCACUUGAUUGUAUCGCCUGGUGUCCAGUCGUAGACCUAGAUGGGGUUACCUAG